GCCCAACGAUGGCGACUCAACGACCUCACAGCACAAGAGGCUAGGGGCUGUUACCUCAGAAACAAUGUAGUCCAAGUAAUAAUCAAAGGCGAAAAAACAUGUUAUUAUAGUGACAACGUAGCUAGGUAAGAUAAAGGCGGAGAGGAGCAUUUUCUUGAAGUAAUGUUUCGUGGCUGUCACUCACGUUCUCCGACCAUAAUGCGAGACGGAGAAAAGGGGAUCUUCGACCGAGCAGCACAGUCAUAAUCUGGAUGACAAACAUUGCUAAGUGGUGAUUCUCUAUCAAACCGGACUCGCUGGUUUUAUUUUAGCUGGCUGGCUAGCUGUAUGAUAUCCUCCAUCGCAAAGAAAGUCAUCUGACAGCAAGUAUUUCAACGUCGAAACCCCAGAGGGGAACCACUGAGGAAGGAUGAAAUUCACGGAGCACCUUUCGGCGCACAUCACCCCUGAAUGGAGAAAACAAUACAUCCAGUAUGAGGCUUUCAAGGAUAUGCUGUAUUCUGCCCAGGACCAGGCUCCCUCUAUUGAAGUCACAGACGAGGACACAGUCAAGAGAUACUAUGCCAAGUUUGAGGAGAAGUUCUUUCAGGCGUGCGAGAAGGAGCUGGCCAAAAUCAACACAUUCUACUCCGAAAAGCUAGCCGAGGCCCAGCGUCGUUUCGCCACUCUCCAAAAUGAGCUGCAGUCGUCGCUGGACGCCCAGAGGGAGAGCAGCAUGCAGGGCCUGCGUCGCCGCCGCAAGGCCGUGUUCCACCUGUCCCAGCAGGAGCGCUGCAAACACCGCAACAUCAAGGACCUGCAGCUGGCCUUCUCCGAGUUCUACCUCAGCCUCAUUCUGCUGCAGAACUACCAGAAUCUGAACUUCACAGGUUUCCGUAAAAUCCUGAAGAAGCAUGAUAAGAUCCUGGAGACGUCGCGGGGGGCCGACUGGCGCGUGGCCCAUGUGGAGGUUGCCCCCUUCUACACCUGCAAGAAGAUCACCCAGCUCAUCUCUGAGACUGAGGCCCUGGUAACACAAGAGUUGGAAGGAGGAGACCGACAGCGAGCCAUGAAGAGGCUACGAGUGCCACCACUGGGUGCUGCACAGCCUGCUCCGGCGUGGACCACCUUUAGGGUUGGGUUGUACUGUGGAGUCUUCCUAGUCCUCAUGGUCACCGUCGUCAUCACAGCUGCGGUUGUGAUAGAGAAUGCCAACGUGUGGCCACUGGUGAGGAUCUACCGCGGCGGCUUCCUGCUGAUCGAGUUCCUCUUCCUGUUGGGCAUCAACACGUACGGCUGGCGCCAGGCAGGGGUUAACCACGUGCUUAUCUUCGAGCUCAACCCACGCAACAACCUCUCCCACCAGCACCUCUUUGAGAUUGCUGGUUUCCUGGGGGUGCUGUGGUGUGUGAGCAUCCUUUCCUGUCUGUUCUCCAAAUCCAUCCUGGUGCCCAUGCAGGCCAACCCGCUGGUCCUCUACGGCUUCUUCUUACUCUUCCUCAUCAACCCCUUCAAGACCCUCUACUACAAGUCACGCUUCUGGCUCCUCAAACUGCUGUUCCGUGUGGUGACAGCCCCGUUCCACAGGGUAGAGUUUGCAGACUUCUGGCUGGCUGACCAGCUCAACUCUCUAGGGGUGGUUCUGAUGGACCUGGAGUACCUCAUCUGUUUCUACAGCUUCGAGCUCGACUGGAAGCAACAGGACGGGCUACUGCAGGACAGUGGAGGCGUGUGUCACUCCUACUCGUACGGUGUGCGGGCCGUGAUCCAGUGUCUACCGGCGUGGUUCCGCUUCGUGCAGUGCCUGCGCCGUUACCGUGACUCCAAACGGGCUUUCCCUCACCUGGUCAACGCCGGGAAAUACUCUACCACUUUCUUCGUGGUCACCUUCGCUGCCCUGUACAGCACUCACAAAGAGAAUUCUGCGAGUCACAACGAAGCUAAGAUCUUCUUCUACCUGCUGAUUGGCUGUUCCAUAGUCAGUUCCUGUUACACCCUGGUGUGGGACCUGAAGAUGGACUGGGGCCUGUUUGACCGAAACGCAGGCGAUAACACCUUACUCAGAGAGGAGAUCGUCUACCCCCAGAAAGCCUACUACUACUGUGCCAUACUGGAGGAUGUGUUGCUACGUUUUGCCUGGACGAUACCCCUCUUCCUGAGCACAGUCAGUGGGAUACCCUCCGCUGCAGACAUCCUGGCCACCAUCCUAGCCCCUCUGGAGGUCUUCAGGCGUUUUGUCUGGAACUUCUUCCGUCUGGAGAACGAGCACCUGAAUAACUGUGGCGAGUUCCGAGCCGUGAGGGACAUCUCAGUGGCUCCACUGAACGCUGACGACCAGACGCUGCUGGAGCAGAUGAUGGACCAGGAGGACGGAGUCCGGAACCGCCUGGGCAAGAAGAACUGGAAACGCUCCUACAGCAUGUCUCUGAGACGGCCUCGCCUCGCUUCCCAGACCAAGACCCGAGACACCAAAGUUCUCAUCGAGGACACUGACGAGGACACCUGACAUCAGGCCAGACCCAUUGCAUCCAUAGCAUGGGUUCAGAACCUCUUUAAAGGACCACGCCCCUCCUAGAGGCACGCCCCCUGACCCCCUUCCUCCCCCCAUCAAUCAGUCGAUCGAUCAUUUGAUUGACCUGCCCCCUCGUCAGCUUCUCCAAUCAGUCCAUCACAGAGCUGCCUAUCUGCACCUUACAUGUAUUGACAUAAAUACACACACACACACACACACACAGAGAGAGAGAGGGAGUACAAAGACAUGAAUAUAGGAGUAGGUAGAGGAACAAAAUAUUACACACACCUUGGAACAGCUACUUUUAAGACACUUUCUUUUUGUUACAUUCAUGGACCAUUUAGGACUGAGUUGACGUCACCCAUUAUUCUUCAGAUUCAUGGGAAAGAGACGAAACAACAAGACUGUACAUGUUGAUGUAGAUAUCAGGAAGAACAAACGGGUGGACUAACUGUUGAUUUCAAGAUGGCUAAUCAGAAAUGAUUGAAUAUUUUAAAAAAGACCGAGAGCGUUGGACUCUGACCAGUGAUUGCAGAGGAGUGUCUGACCAGUCUGGUUCUUUGACUUCCUCAUGCCAUGUUUUGAUGAACAUGACGAUGAAGAUGACUAUAUUAAUGUGGCUGUUCUUUCCAUGUACUAUAAGUUCUUCCACGAAUACCUUGGUUCUUAUUUUAUUUUGUUGAAUGUACAUUUAAUUGUUAUUUAUGCGAGGGGAGAGAUGCCUAAAACAUUUUGGGAGUGAAUUAUUUUAAAUUAAAAACAAAAUGGGUGUUUCUGAUUUGAAAUGGCUUCUAAAGUCUCUGCCUGUCGUUGCCCAUAAGAACUGUUCCAGGACCUGUUGGAGAAUGGGAUUCAUUCUAAUGGUUAAGUGGGUCGGCCUGAAUAUAAGUCUGAUCAGAGACCAAUGUUUUUUGGGCAUCUCAUCCUAUAAAAGGACUUUGUAUGUUCAAAAACCCUCAGGAGGCUCCGAUGUAGACAAUUCUCUCAAAACAAGCCACCCCCUUCCCUGUCUUCAGAACCUUCCAAUCUGGGUUAACUAUAACAUUGUUUACUUUCAUGCCAAAUCUAGUCUUUUGUCUUUUUAGAUACCAGUGUGAGCUAAUGCAAUCUCUCAGUAAGCUGUGUGAGAAUGGCAGGAUUUUCUACUAUCGUUAUAUCGCUUGCUCUUCUCAGAGCUAGCCAAAUAUCUGCAACAUUCCAUUGAGAGCUGGACUGUGCUUCCACGGCACAAUGCCUCCGUAAGUCACAUAGCACAGCAGAUAUAAAUAGAAUCUAUAGAAGAUAUUUCACUAUUAACAGCCCUCACUUUUUCUUGGUCAUGUGACAUGAGUUGUCAGGUCACAUGGUCAGGAGAAAAUCAGAGCCCUACUCACUUUUUAAUAUAUACCUUCUGUUCUAGACAUCUGAGUUCUAUCUGCGUUGCUUCGCAGCCUUGUGAACCCAUACAGCAUAACGCAGAUCUCUGUUGUCAACUUCAGUUUAGCCAUCUUUAUUGGCCCUGUGUUGUUCCCGGUCCAUUCCAUUAGAUCUCAGGGCAGCACACCCAAUGCCAGUUAGGAGUCCGGUGUCGCAUGUGUCUGGGGGUGUGCAGGGAUUGGCCUCUUCACCAACCAAUCAUCUCCAUUCUGAUCCAUCCAUCCUGUUCAUUCUGAUGUCCACUUCCUGGGUGUGUCUAGCGUCUUUUUUAUUUUUUUUACUAGAUAACUGAAAUGAAUAUUUUCAGUUGAAUUAAAUUAUAAAACAUCAUUAUAUUCCUCUGUAGUAGAAAUCUAAGUCAUUCCAUCCAUUCAAUAGUUUUUAUUUGUUCCUAGCUUGAACGCUUCUCACUUUGGGUCAUUUGUUGAAUGUAUCAUUCUGUUAGUAAUUCCAGCCAACAAACACGAUGUGUGUGCGUUCUCACAUUUAGUCCCGAAGAGAAGUGUCUGUGUUGACUCACUUAAGGAGUCUUUAAUAUUAGAAUGCAUUCAAUGCAUAUUCUCAGUUCUAAUGAAGGCAAAAGCAUUAAAUGUUCUACUCUUACUGAGUCAACACAAUUUCCUAGAAUUCCUGCCUCUCCCAUAAGCCACCUGAGGGUUUUAACCCCCAUUGUGUGCCCUGGUAGAUGUACUAACCCUGUAAAGAUAUAAGCAAUCAUUUAGGCCAGAAUCCCAACCUGAUAUGCCCGGAUAACUCGUCUCCCAUUGACAUUAAUGCACAAUAUUCAAAGGUUUGAGUUAACCCAGGUGUAUCUCAGGUUAGGAUUUGGCCCAUACUUCUUGAAGUUCAAGCUGCAUUUGUAGUGUAGAGGUCAACCACAAUAGUGAUUGUGGAAAGCCUGAUGGAGCUUAAAUGUCUGGGGAAACUUAAAUAAUGUGAUGAAGAAGAUAACCACAUAAAGACAACACGGUGUUCGAUUUGUGGCUCCAUCCGAAAUGACAUCCUAUGCUCAAUAUAGGGAACUUAUUUUUAACUUAGGGUACUAUAUAGGCAAUAGGGUGCCAUUUCAGAUAUGUCCCUGUGAUGCUUGAGCUUUCUUGUCGACCAUGUCAUGACCAGCUCAAAGGGAGCCGACUUUGGAGGCUCUUAGACUUGAAUGGAGCUGGUUAGCAAUAACAGCCAUGCAUUAUCCCUGUAAUAAGUCAUAAGUAUAAAGUGAUGUUUGCAGCAGAGGGAGGAGGGAUCCCAGUGCCUCAGGGCAAACUGUUGGUUUUCAUUGGGCCUCAGUGUGUUGUAGAUCAAAUAGUUCCUAUUUAACUAGAGUCACCUCAUCUGAAUGAUUUGCCAGAAAUGCACUUUAGCUGCUAAAAAGAACCAUAGUAGACACAGAAUAAACAGAAACGCAGAAGCUGGGGCCCAAUGACAACUAGUAACAAUUCAACACCCUGUGCACCUUGGGUCCCCCGCCCCUUGAAAAGAUUGUGAUGGUCACCUGUUGUUACUUUUUCAAAUAUUGUGGUCUCUACCGGUCUGGAGACUGUACCACCUAGGUCAACCAAUGAACCUAGUGGGGAAAUAGAGAAUAUCUCUAUAUUUUUGUUACAUUCCUAAAGUAACAUCUCACCCUUGAGAGAGUGAGCUGGAGGGCCCACACACACAUACAAAGCCUUGUAAAUAUUAAUACACACUCUCGCUGAAGUGCUUACACACACCCUGCUUACAAUUAUACCCUGUACACACACUCAAACACCUUGCUUGGAGUAUGUUCCAGCUAUGAAUGCUAAGGGUGGAGUUGCACUGGACCUGUCUCCCUGUAGCUUCUCAUUGGAUCACUAAGCUGUCACUCAAAUAGAUCCUCCUAUGGAAGAAGAGUGGAACCUACUGUACCAAAAGCCUGGACCAAAACAAAGCUCUUUAGAAAGUUACCUUGUUUCCCUUCUACCUAGAACGCUAUAAAGACGGAAAAACCCCAAGUGAAGGAAGGGCCCUGUAUGAACUAUAUGAAACGGACUGUUUCCCAUGUCCAAUAUGUCCCGCCAGUGUUGUGUUUUUAUGUUCCAGUUUUUUUAAUAUGCUCGCCCUAUGUACUGUCAUCAUACCCUGGUCACUGUAACUACUACCUUUCGAGUACUCCUCAUGCAUUUGGCAUUCUCUGCUAACUGAGGUGCCUGGAUUGACUCUCUGUCACUGUUACAUGGUUUUUGAGUUUAAAAAAAGGUCUAAAAAUUUC